AUGAGCGUCCCGCAGCCCCGUCGGGGCCACCAGCGGCGCCUCCCUGCAGCGCUGGGGCUGGGGGAGAGGGGCUACGGGUGCCCCGACCUGCCUCGAGGGAUCCCGGGGGAAUCUGCCCCGGCUGCGGGCGAGCGCCCGGGACCCCGAGGUCUCCCGUCCAGAUCUCUUGCAACCUAUAACAGUCUUACAGACAAACAUCUGGCUGGAUAUUUCAGCAAUGCCAGGAUAAGACGACAUCUUCAGAAAUCAGGACUGAUCUCAAAGAGUGGAAGAAUAAUACCUGAGAAAGAAUACCGUCUCAAUGCCAUGAGGAAGGACCACCAGAGAUACGUCCAGGAGUGCUUGGCUGAUGCCAUAUUUCGUAAGGUCCUUGACAUGGAGCGUCAUCAUCAGCUGGAGAUAAAAAGGAAACUUGAAUAUUCUGUGAGGAAAGAGGGGAUGCAGAAAAUCAAGGUGGAGCAAUUCAGAGGAUCACUGGAAGAUGUCAUCCCUAUGCACUCCCCGCAUCCACCACUUGGUCCAAGGAACCGUAAUGGGCUCAGUCCUUUAGUGGCUGGAGAACGAGCUGCUCGCUCACAAUGGAGGGCAUCUGGACUUGGAGUUGAUUAUGGUGGUGGACAUUCUCGUCAUCAGCACCAAACCAAGGAGCCUGCCCCCUCUAAGGUGAGUUCCUUGCGACCAAAUACAGCUCCAGGAAAUAUGCAGCAGCCCCCUUGCCUUCAGCCCCUUCAUGGCUGGGCUGCAGCAGGGUUUGUACCAAAGGCUUCCAAACAGAAGUGCCAUGCACUGGAACAUGAUCAGCAGUUUGCCCAUGGGGGGGAGAGGAGUGAGUUAAGGCUUAUGAAUUCAGUGGAGUACGUGAGUGGUGUAUCACCGUAUCAGCUACCUGUCAUUAACCCUUGUGUGGCGCCAGUGCCACCGCCCCGCCUGCGCAGAGGGGACAGGCGUGUUGCUGCAGUCAGAGGUGGGGGGCCCACAGGGAGACGGUUUCGUCCCACCACUGCAUUCAAUGAACAACUUCUAAUAAACAAUACUAGAGGGUUCCCCAAGUCCCCAUUAUGCAGCAAUGCCUUCGUCACCAUGGUCUACCUAGGAAGGAGUAAGAACGUGUGUCUCAGUUAUUACAAGGAGGAAAUCAAAGUCUAUCAGCAACAUUGUGGAUCAGAAAACAUUUGUGUCUAUAAAGGCAAGCUGUUGGAAGGAGAUACCUUCCAGUUCACCUCCAAGAGGCACCAAGGUUUCCCGUUCAGCCUCACCUUUUUUAUCAACGGGAUUCAAGUUGACAGGCUGAGCUGUUGCUGUGAGUACAAACAUCAGAGGCGUUCCCGGCUGCGAGGCAGACACAGAUACUUCAGGGUUCUCAAUGUGGAGGGAGCAUUUCCUUGCUACAGGUGCAUUAUUGCAAUGGGUCUGGACAAAAAGCUAUCCACUCCCAAGAGGAAGAUUGAAUACCAUGAGGAGAGGCAUGUGUAUUCCUGGGAACAUACCGUGCACUGUGAGCCAAGUAACAGCUGUGUUGAGCAGAAAUCAAGCAAAAAUUCAGAGUCAGUCGUCUUACCGGGUCAUGAAGCAAGUAUGGAAACUGUUGAUGAAACACUGGAGACUGGAGAGGAGUACAGAAGAGAAGAAAUGGAAAACCAAUCUAGUCAGGAGAGCGAAGAGAGUCAGGAAGACACCAGUAAAAAUGAAUAUGAUGAAGAUUUUGAAGCAGAUGAAGAAGUUGAUGAAGAAGGACAGACUGGUGAUCAAAUGAAUGGAAUGUCAGAGUCAUCCUCAGGUGAUAAAAACCAUUGUUUAGACUAUGGAAAGGAGAGUGAAACCUCAUCCCAGAAGGCACCGCAGGCCUCUGGCAGCGAGAAAGAUGGAAGUGAUGGAUAUUCUGACAGGGACUCUGAGGAUGAUCAACAAGAGAGGAGGCCUGCAGACUCUCUCUCAUCCAUGAGCACUCAGUGCAGCACUGAGACUGACUCUCAUGCUGAAAUGAUGACAGACAAUAUGAAUGGCAAAGAGGAAUGCAAUAUCAAAAGUACAGCUGAUAGCGUAGCACAUGUACACUAUGGAAAUGAGAGUGGGGAGAAGAAACUACUCAGAAUGGAGGAAAAUCAGGAGACUUCUGCACUGGAAAAGAAAGGAAUAGAUGAAGCAGAAAAGAUAAAACCAGAAGAUGUAGAAGCAAGGGAAGAUAAUAGAAUUUCUCAUGAAAACAUAAUGGCAAUGCAGCCUCAAAAUCCUGAGGUUAAUGGGGAAUCCAAACAGACUGGGUCAGGAGAAAGUAACAUGAAUGAGGAGGAGAAAUGUCUUCCAGUGCCUUGGGAAAGCAGGGCAUUGAACAUGGAGGAUGGCAAUGAAGAGUCUCCUUGGUGUGAAGAAGGAGGUGUUUCUGAAGAUUGCAAACCAGUCCAGGAGGAAAUAGCAAAAGCAACUGGAAAUGAUCAUCCUGUGAAUUCUGACCCUGAACCUGGUGGUUCGUGUGCCAGUGAGGAAGAAAAGAAUGCAGCAAGUACAGAGUGUGAUGCCAGUGGAGCACCAGAUGGAAAUUUCUUGGCAGAUGGGAGGAGAAGCCUUGAUGUGCAGGAGGCAGCAGGACAAGCGGUACGAGAAGGGCAGGUGACAGGGCAGAGACAAGCCCUGGAGCAGGACGGUGCUGCUGAGGGAGAUGCUGGCAGCGGAGAGGCCGGAGGAAAAGCUGCACGGGCGGGGGAUUUGCUGCCCCGGGCAGACACGGGGGCUGCGCUGGAGGAAUCCGCACUUGAGGAAGGCGCCGUGGCAGAGGAACAUCCCAAAGGAAAGGAGACAGGGGAAGCAGUGAAGUUGGGCACAGAAGGGUCACCUGGGGGGCAGGAGGUGCUGGUGGAGGGGUUGGAGAGCGAGGUGGCACUGGGAAAGCUGGCACCUGGGGGAGAGGGGCCAGCUGGGGCACUGCCAGGAUGGGAGACAGACACAACUGUGUCCCAGGGGCAGGAGGGGGCUGGGGGGAUCACUGAGGCGGAGGAGGCUGCAGAGAAAGGCCUCAAAGGAGUGGUAGGGCUGCCAGCAGAGGAGGACGUAGGUGAGCCCGUGUCUGAGGCAGGGGAGUCCCUAGGAGAGAGAGGGUCUGCAAGGAAGGGCACUGUGGUGGGUGCUGUGUCAGAGGGAAAAGAGGCUGUGGGGGAUGUCGACGUGGCAGCAGAUGGGAUUGCCAGAGUUGUCGGCCCUGAAAGAGAAGAGGCUGUUGAAGAAGACAUUUCUGAAGGGGAAGAGGCUGUGGGAAAGUUUGGGGCUCUGUGGGAAGCACUAGGGGAUAUGCAACCAGGAGAAGCAAUGCCUGGAGAGAAAGGGUUUGUAAAGCCAAGUGAGUUUUCCCAGCUGAAAGUGUCAGGGGAAGAGUGGAUGGAGAUGGGGAAAGCUGUCACAGGAGCACCAGCACUUGAGAGUGCUCAGGCAUGGGAGGUGGGAGGGAACAGUCUCCAGCGAGUGGAGGACACGAUGGAGGAGCCUGACAAGGGUCCUGUGCUGGAAGUGGCACCUGGGUUAGGGGCACUGCGGGAUGCUCGGGGGUAUCCUGUCACUGAAGGGUCAUCACAGGUGGAGGAGGGUGCAGCAGAAGCACUUCGGAGUGGAAACCCGUCUGCGGGCAGCAAAGCGGAGACAGAGAUAGCAGUGGAAGGAAAACCCGAAGAAGAGGUAGUGGGAGGGUCUGCAGGGGCGGCGGGAGCGGGUCCGGAAGGUGAAGAGGAGGCCACAGAUGGAGCAGCAGGUUCAAAGGAGCCGGCAGCUGAGGCAGAGGGGUGGCUGAGGUGUGGAAAAGUGAGAGCGAAGGGGAGGUCUCCCGGGGAGGGGGUGCUGGGCGAGGCGGCGCUGCCGCCCCCGGGGCUAUCCGUGACCCGGGCCGGGGAGCCCGGGCUGGUGGCCAUCGCUGUGGUGGGCGGCCAGGCCGGGCGAGGAGCCCUGGCUGGGGAGCCGGCGCUGGCCAGGGGUUCAGCAGUGGCUGGCGGUGGCGGGGUGGGCGCAGGGGCGAUGACACAGGAGGGGGUGAUAGGAGCAGUGCUGGGGGCACAGAGCGGGACAGGCGCGGCAGUGGCAGAGGAGGUGUCAGCCAAGGGAAGAGGGGCAGUCGGGGAGUCUGGGAGAGACGGGGAAGGGGUGGCCGAUGGAUCUGUGGCUGGUGGGCGAGAGGUGAACCAGGAGGCAGCAGUAGGGUGCGAGGGAAGGGGACCAAUGCCGGCGGCAGUCGAGGGCCAGUGCGAGGCGGAGCGGGAGUGGGGCGCAGUGCGGCUCGUGUCCCCACGGCACCGAGAGGUGCUUGGAACAAUGUCGCUGAGGGAAGAGCCGACUGCAGAAACCUCCCCGAGCACCCCUGCCCAUGGGGAUGGAGGAGGGGAACCGAGGGGGAAAGGGUUCACAGGAGGCGAGGGACUGUGCCUGGGCACCCAGCCACAGCUCCUGGCAGCUCCAGAGACAGGGACAGCGCGGGGCAAGGACGGGCGGCAGGAGGAGGGGAUGGAGCAGGCAAGAGUGAAAGCCGAGGGGGAACAGGCAAGCCCCUGUGAAAACACGGGAGAGAGCGAGGUGGCGGAUGUCUCGGCGAGUGCAGGGAGCGCCGCUGGAGCCGGGGAGCAGAGGAAGGACAGUCCCGGCGGAGGGAGCCCAGGUGUCCUGGGAGCCGCCGACGUGGGCGACAGGAGCCGCAGUCCCCGUCAGGACGGUGCAAACCCAGACCUAGUCAUCGUGUCCUCGGAACAGCCUCAGGAUGGGGAAGAAACUCUGCUCUGAGCUUUUUCUGCAGCUCCUCAGUGUUGUGUCCUGCAACAUGCGCUCAGCCUGCUGUGGGUUUGUGCGGGUUGGGAUGUCACUCCUCUGUUCACUCUCUGAGUACCACAACCACUGUCGCGUUUCCUUGGAGCAGCUCCUCAGCGUGCAGCAGACAACUCAAACAAGCUUGUGUUUGCCAGCCCAGGAAACAGCACUCCUUUGGAAUGAGGGAGACGCUCAUCACAAGGAUUGUUCCACAGCUGUCUCGCUUGUUUUUCUUGAAAACCAGAGAAAUACUGGACUGACUGAACUUCCCCUCCUCCCCCAGGCACCACUUGCUCCCCCCCCAUGUUAGGGGAAGGGAGCCUUCUUGCAUGCGCAGUGCCCCCUGUGCCAGGAGGCGUCUGCGGGGCUUUCCUCUCCUUGGGGGUCCAGGCUUGCUGCUGGCCACACUUCAGGGCAUUUGAAAUGCUGUUGAAAGUUGUCAAAUCAGAACAAUUCUAACAAGUAUUUGUAAAUGCAUAAAGCCUGGUCUUCUGCUUUUGCUGGAAUCACUCAGGAGUGGUCCACGGCACCUCAGCUGAGGCUGCCAGGAGGGUGGUCAGUUUAGAGUUGUCUCAGCCUGGUGCUGGCUGCCCAUCUCUGCUGCCCAAGGCUCUUCUCAGCUCUGCUCCACCUCUGGCAACACUGGGGCCCCUUAAGAUCCUUUUGGGCUGGGCAUCUGGGGCUGGGUGUGCAGCAGCCUCUAGGCACUCUAAACUUGGUGGAUGCAGCAGACUCAGCCCCACGCAGUAGAGGACUGCAGCUGCAUUUUCGGGUAGGGAAAAGACACUGGAAUUAGUGGAAUUUUGAGUGGAUUGGUGCUGUGAGUCACUUUAGAUCAAUAUACAUGGAACUGGAAACUCAAAUGUGAUCAAGUGGUUGCUGUGUGUUUCCUCCUAGAGAUGUUCCUGUACUAGAGAUGGUUGCAUUUGUAUGUUCAGUCUGCCUGCAUUCGUGCUAAGGACUGUCUCAGAGGGCUGUGUUUUCUGUGUACAUACCCACACCUGCACGUUCACUCAGGUCUAUUAAAUAUCUGUACCAGUC